AAGACACGUCAGCCAAUUGUCGCAUACAUAAACACUGGGCGUGGCCUGCAAACAACCUGUGUCACUUAUCGCAUGGAGGAUGUGAUGCUGCUUGCAGCAUAGUGCGAAAAACCAAGAUGACACAUACUGCGGUAAAGUCGCUGGAUGUAAUUAUUGACAACAAGCAGAGAGUUGGUUACUGCUCUGGUGAAGUAGUGUCUGGACAUGUUUCUCUCACACUCUCGGAAGCCACCGCAUAUACAGCCAUAAGCGUGUUCCUGAAGGGAUAUGCUCAGGUGAGUUGGAUGCAUAAACGAUCCCGAUGUUCCGAAGAGAAGAGAUGCCUCUCUUUAUCCAAGACGCUUUUUGCAACCACGGGUCCCCAAAACCUUAUCCUUGAUAGUGGCACAUAUGAGAUUCCUUUUGAUCUGCAGCUGCCUCAAAGUCCUUUGAUUUCUUCUUUCUCUGGAAAACAUGGCCGUGUUCACUACACGGUACAGGCAGUUUUAAAAAGGCCAUUCCAUGAGAGUCAACGUGUUUGCAGAGAACUUUGCAUCAUCGGUCAUAUUGAUGUCAACGUGCCAACAUUAAUCUGUCCAGUGUCACAAACAUGUAAGAAGAUGAUUGGCUGGUGGAUCUUUACUUCUGGUCCCAUCUCUCUGACUGCCAGCAUAAGUCGACAAGGUUAUUGCAGUGGAGAAUCAAUCUCCAUCCAUGCUCUGAUUGAGAACUGCUCAUCUUGUCUAGUUGUGCCAAAAGCAGUGAUGUACCAGAUACAGACCUAUACAGCCAAGGGUAAAACAAAAAGCUUCAAACAGGUGGUUGCCAGUGCUAGAGGAAAUGCAGUGCCGUCUGACACUUCAAGCAGGUGGAAUGGAAACGCGUUGAACAUUCCUCCAGUUUCUUCCUCCAUUCUGAAUUCGGACAUCCUGAGAGUGGAAUACUUACUUGCAGUUAUUGUUCAGAUACCAAGUAGCAAAAAUCUAGAAGUGCAGUUUCCAGUGGUGAUCGGUACCAAAGGUCAUGACAUUACCGGUCAUUCCAAUGCGAACAUGGGCUUGCUGUACCCCGCAUUUACCCCUCCAGACAUAGCUCAAGCCCCUCCCAGCUAUGCAGAGGUUAUGUCAGAGGAGCGCAGAACUUCAACCUGCCAAUCACAACCAGACUGGCUGCUAGAUGGCUCAGCGUUCACUUGCGCUCAGCAGUUCCGCCUCCAGCCACCUCCUCCUUAUUCUGAGAUUUGCCCAAGUCAGCAGUAAUCUUCAUAGUAAUGUUCACUUGAACCACCA